GACUCUAUAGUCAGUUUCAAGGUCAUGAUGGGUUCCUGCGUCUACUGGUUAUAUGUUUUCGUGAAUUCGUUUUCCAUUGAAUUUUAAAGGUUUUUGUGAACGUUUUGCUUGUUUUGGAGUAUGUAGGUCCUGACAUCACGUGCAACUCAUUCAGAAAUAGUUUAUUUGUAAAACAAAAGUUGGCGUAUCCUUUUACCAUCACCUUAGAGAAAAAUGACAUCAGCACAGAUAAAAAGUUAUGUGACAGAAAUUUCGAACUUGAAGGAUCAGUUCAAUGCACUAUCGAAUCAGUCUAGCGAAAAACUUAAAAAGAUUAUAGAAACUGUCCAGUCUUAUCAAACACGUAUGGAGCCGUUGAAUAAGAAUAUGGAACAACUUCAAAUAUUACAAAGAAAUUUGGAAUCAUGUCGGUCAAAAUUGACUCAAGUGCAGGAGUAUCAUCGUACUGGACGUGAAUUAGAGAACACUAUUAGACAAGGGCCGACAGCCCUACUCAACGAUUAUUUAAAGGCUAUGGAACGUAUAAAGGAGGCAUUAGCCUUUUUUCAAGAAAAUAAUUCACAAGAUGUUGAAUUCAGUCGACUAACGUCAUUAUAUUCAGUUGGUCUUGGAAGCUUAGAAAGGGAAUUUGAUGGAAUACUGAGACAAGCAUUUCGGCCUAUAAACGAUGCUACCUUGAUACGAUUAAUGGAUUACAAAGCUUCCCCUUCUGACAAGGAUUCAGUGGAUAGUUCUGUAAAUGAUGGAGUGGAACGAUUAGACGAUGUACCUAACGAUAUGUUGAACAGUCUUCGCUUUCUUGUUAAAUGGAUGAGCGAAAAUCAGUCAUUUAUAAACAGACCGCAAGGUGCUUCUCAGGGAUGUUUAACAAAAUACUGCGAGUAUCGUCGUGAACUUAUUCGUGUUAAUUUAAUCAGAGUAAGAGAAUUAUUGAGAAAAGCUGAGAAUCCUUCAACCACUGGUGCAGCAUCUAAACCAGGAUUUUUGCCGCCGAAUGUACGUGGUCGAACGAAACGCCUUCCUGGAUUCGUGUGGGAUAUCAAUGCUAUUCGACAAAUUAAUGAAACAGAAACGGAAGAACUUGAUUCAGAACAUUACGCCAUUGCUCUUGGCGUUCUUGUCAAACUUAUGCAGAAUGAACGUGUUGUAUUAGAUCAUCUACAGUUGACAGAUAGUCCGCAAGAUUCUCUGGUGUUAUUAUUCACCAUAUUUAAAAAUGGAUCGACUGAUGUCUUGACUGAAGGAACGACUCUUACUCGUCUAAUGCAUCGUGCACAAGGACGUGCUGAAUUUCACAUGGUCAUGUCACUACUAGUCGUUCUAAGAAAAUUCAGUCAAAUCUCCAACGAUCUUUUAUCUGCACUUCAGGGUAUUGAUAGUGUAUUGGUUGACUUCAACCAAUUAGUUUUACGAUUGUUAAGUCAAAGUAAGACAACAUUGGAGACUUACGUCCAAUUUUUACAACAAGUCAGUGAAAAGUCUAGUGCAAGUAGUACAAUUGUACCUGCAGACGCCACAAUACAUGAGCUGACAACUAAUGCAUUAAUGUAUUUAGAAAAUUUGUUAGAAUUCGCGGAUAUUAUUGGAACUGCUUUGUCAUUCACUGAAGCUGGUCCGCAGGCGACAAACAACACCCUUAAAUAUCUUGGCAAUACUGGUCGCAAUUUAUCUUACCUUGAACAUCGUUUUGGAAGUUAUUUAUUCGGUGCUUUAUUUGCUCUAAUGACAAAUUUGGAGCGUAAAUCAGAAGUGUAUUCCGAAGAGAUACGUCGAAUGAUCUUCCAAAUGAACAAUAUCCAAUACAUAUUGAAAAGUAUUUACAAGACAAAUAUUCACCGUUAUCUUUUAUCUCAAGAUCGAGAAGCUAUCGCCAAAUUCACUUGUGUCCUGGAUGAACGUAAAGCUUUUUAUUCACGAUGGUGUGCACGCAUGCUCUCACUUCUUGAUGGUAGUCUUUUAAAUCGUCUCUCUGGUAUGGUAAAUCGUCCCAUAGACAACAAAGAAAAGGCUUCAAUAAAAACGCUAUGGCAGGAUCUUAACAAUGGAUUGAAUAGUUUAACCAAACAACACAAUCUGAUUUCAAUUCCUGACAGAGAAUUGCGUAAUAGCCUAGAGCAUCAAUUAGUACGUGAUCUAGUCCCUAUGUAUCAUGCAUUCUGGGAGAGAUCUAUGGCUGUUUCGUUCACUUCACAUCGUGAAAAGUAUAUCAAAUUGUCUGUAGAGGAAUUUGAAGUAAGAAUUCGACAAUUGUUUAUUGCAACAUCUAAUAACGGACGCUGAUAGAAGUUUUUUGUUGUUUUGAUUUCCGCCUAUUUUAACUGUGUUAAGAAUAAACUAAUAUUUGACUUUUUUUUAAAUGCCUUUUUCUUUUGUUCAUUGCUUCAUAAAUUGAUAAUUAAUUAACUUGAUACUCUAUACCACAUGUAUAUUGAAUGAAAUAUAUGACUCUGACAUUUAUUGUCUUGUCUUUUCUGCAUAACUUGUAUGUAUGCGCUAUUACAAAUUCAUGAAUUAUUAUACCUUGAUUGGACACUAGUAACUAGUGCGAUGUAUCUAGUCCUUUCUUCGGUGCAGACUGAAUUCCAUCAGUCAGGUUUGCAAUAUGGCCACCAUUCCAGGGUAGCUCGCCAUUGUCAGUCUCGAGACGGAAUAGCUCAUUGGCAACAUCUCUGACUGCAGCACUGAGUGACGCGGGUUAGAAUCUCUGAAGGGAUAUGAGCUCCCUCAAGGUUGCGGAUACACCUUGUUGACGAGUGUCAGCUAG